CUGUACAGGAGAGCACACUGUGGGGGAGAGAAAAGUGUUUUCAGUUGCCUAUGUAGCAGAGUCUGUGUGCGUGUAGUGUUUGUGAUUGCGCAUGAGAGAGAGAGAGAGAACCGUUUUUGGUGUGGCUUGAGGCAGAGAGCGCGUGAGUAAGAAGAGUGUGAGGGCGGGAAAACACUCGGGAUUCCUUAAAAGUCGAUUUCUGACUGGUUGUAAUUUCAAGUUGCAGAUGCCGACAGAUGCGCUCAAAGACAGUAUCAGUAUCGAGGAAACACUGGUGAAGUGUGAUAGUAUGACUCUGUCCAGUGCACCGCCUUUACGCAGAGGAAGUACCCCUCUGCCAAUCAAACACCAGCUCAGACGGGAAGAAGCAGUUCAUGAUGAUUGUGAUUGGACAUCAGGGUUGGCUGGACCUUCUCCUCCUCCAAUCAGUUUCAGCCUGGCGAAGGAUGAGACCAUCACCUCAGCGGUAGAGGGGAGACCCCCCUCUGAAGGGCCCUUUCGAAUUGCCCUGCUGGGUCAGAAUGGGGUGGGCAAGUCAUGCCUUGCUAUCGCCUUGGCUGGGGAUUUGGAUCGAACUGCAUCUGUGGAUUCUGAAGGGGAGGGCUAUGUGCACACUGUUACCGUGGACGACGAGGACUGCACCAUCCUUAUCUACGACAACUGGAGGAAGGACCUGUCUGAUCUCCAGUGUGAGGUGUGUGUCCUGGUGUUCUCUGUGACGGACAGGCGGAGUUUCCACCGCACCGCCCAACUCCGCCUCCUCCUCAGGGAGACGCAACCGCAAACUCCCAUCAUCCUCGUGGGCAACAAGAGCGACCUGGUCCGUUCACGUGAGGUCAGCACUCAAGAGGCCCUCACCAGCGCUUCUCUGUUUGACUGUCUAUAUGUAGAGAUGUCAGCUUCUCUGGAUCACCGCACGGCAGAGCUCCUGGAGUAUGCUGUGAGGUUAGCCAGGGGCCUCAGCCCGGUGCCUCCAGGGGCCUGUGGGCACGACAUGGCUGGCGGCCGGGAGAGCAUCACCCACCGUGCCAAGCGUUUCCUCACUAGCCUGGUCCCACGCUACCCCCGCGAGAGGGAACGAGAGGGGGGCAAGUUCUUUAGACAAAAGUCCCGGUCCUGCCAUGACCUGGGUGCCCUGUGAUCAGGGAUGAUGGAAGGGAUAGAAAGAGAGAGGGUUGGCUAGAAAGAGAGAGGGUUGGCUAGAAAGAGAGAGGGGUGGCUAGAAAGAGAGAGGGGUGGCUAGAAAGAGAGGGGUGGCUAGAAAGAGAUAGGGGUGACUAGAAAGAGAGGGGUGGCUAGAAAGAGAGAGGGGUGGCCAGAAAGAGAGAGUGGUGGCUAGAAAGAGAGAGGGGUGGCCAGAAAGAGAGAGGGGUGGCCAGAAAGAGAGGGGUGGCUAGAAAGAGAGCAAGAGGGAAAUAAGAUGUAAGUAAUCACAAAAUAGAGAUGAUUCGAAGAGGUAAAUUAUGGUGACGAGAAAAGUGAGUGUCAAUGUGUGAGUGUAAAAGUGAGUGAUGGGAAGAGGACAGUUGUAGGGGAUGACACAUGCAUAAAGCAGAGAAGAGCAGGAAGAGAGAAUUGCAUUAAAGAAGAGAUGGAUGUAUCUGGGUUUAUUUGUGUAAAAAUGUUGUACUAGAGAACCAUAGGUGAUAGAUAGAAAACCAUUCAUUAGCUAAACACCUGUAAAUACAACACAAAGCAUCAUACUGUAGUGGCGGAAUUGAUUAUCCACCUCUAUUCCCAUGUGAUUUCAUUGAGGAUCAAAUAAAAUAGUUAUAGAAGUCAUGAGAAAGGAAGGUGACUCUUUUAUCUA